ACUGCACUACGACGGAUAUCACGUGAGCCAGACUCGACGAAUCACGAUCCUGUAUAUAUCAGAAAGAACGCAAUGAAGGUGAAGAUGAGCACAGCAGCGAGUCUCAUUACAUGUCUUGUGCUAGUGACAUCAGCCGCGACUCAGGGUUCUGCGUGUGGAAUGAAGGCACUCAAGUCUAAUCAGGGAGCAGAAUGGCCUUGGCUGGCAUCUGUCAUGGAGUACAAUUCUGGAAAAACGCCGGACUACCUUUGUGCUGGAGUACUCAUCAGUGAUCAUCACGUCUUGACAGCCGCUCAUUGUUUUGAUGGCAAGUCAUUAGACACACGUCGUUACUCAGUGCAACUGGAGUCGAAGUCCACAGAUUCUGGAACUGAGUACAACAUCCAGGUUAUCACCCGGCAUUCGUCCUACAUUCGGGGAAGGGCAUACGGCGAUAUCGCUGUGCUCACCCUACGCUCUAAUGUCCCACCAACGACAUCACCUGUCUGCCUGCCUAGCACCAGCGAGACUUUCGCUUACAAGCCCGCUUAUGUAGCUGAAUGGCUACCGUCGUCCCCAGGCGGACCGCACCUCCUGAAGUCCCAACGGGUGCUCAUAGCCGACAACACGGUGUGCAAGGUCCACUAUUCCACGCAGAAGCUUGUGCCGAUCAACCGAGGACUAACUCGGGCUCACCUUUGCACUGAUCUUCGUAGUUUGCAGGGGGACUGCAAUAGACUGAGUGCCUCUCCUUUGAUGGUGACUGACACGAGCGUGACGUGGUCCGUGGUUGCUAUUGCUUCAUAUCGUCCAAAGUGUGAAGAGGACACUGAUCCUGGCGUCUACUCUCGUGUAUCACUCUAUGUGCCUUGGAUUGAGAGGAUUCUGAAAAGCUGAAUGAUGCCUAUUCGGGUGCUCUGGAAGCACGAGAUAAUAUUGGAGAAGAACAUAUGGAAUAGCUGGAAGUUGGAGAAAAAGAAAACAUGUGGGAGAAAGUAUGUUGGAAGGAGGCAGCGGAAGUCAAGGGUUCAAAGGAAGCGAGUUUUCAGGGUAGCAUCAGACAGUUUAGCUAGCGACGUUGGUCAUCAUGCACUGGGAACGGAUAUAGCAAACAUUUGAUGCGAUAGAAACACUAAAUAUUUCUAGAAAUAUAGUCUUCACCAGA